UCCGCUGCACCACGAAGUUUUACUCGCGCCAGUUGAACGUUAUCUCCUAACUCUGCUGCUGCUCUCUCGCUCUCCUAAGGCGGGAGAGUUGAGGAUGGCGUUUCGCUUCGUCCCUUUUGUUGUUUACCCGAGCACUAGGGUUUAUCAUUUGGAAUCUCCUCUCAGAAGGUCGGAAAUAUGGAGAAAAUGGUGUAUUGGAGCUUCCUCUGCUGCGCCAGGGGUCGAUCUCGAGGCGCUCAAUGCGGCGAUUGCUAAGAAAGAUAGUGACGCUGUAAAAGAUGCACUUGACCAACUGAAUGGAGCUGGUUGGGCGAGGAAGUGGAGCUCACAACCUUAUGUGUCACGUCGUACAACUUCUUUGAGGGAGCUAACCACUCUGGGAAUAAAAAAUGCAGAGAAUCUUGCAAUUCCAAGCGUCAGAAAUGAUGCAGCGCUUCUUUCUACGGUAGUCGGAACUACAGGAUUACUUGCUGUCCUUGCUGGUAGACUACCCGGGGAUUGGGGCUUCUUUGUACCCUACCUAAUUGGAAGUAUUCCCCUGAUAGUUUUGGCUGUGGGGAGUAUUUCUCCCGGCCUUCUUCAAGCUGCCAUUGUUGGAUUUUCUUCAUUUUUUCCGGAUUAUCAAGAGAGGAUUGUCAGGCAUGAAGCUGCUCAUUUCUUAGUUGCCUACUUGAUUGGUGUUCCCAUCUUGGAUUAUUCAUUGGAUAUUGGGAAGGAGCAUGUCAACCUAGGAGAUGAAAGGUUGCAGCAGCUUAUAUAUACUGGAAAUCUCGAUGAUAAGGGACUGGACAGGUUGGCUGUUGUGUCAAUGGCUGGAUUAGCAGCUGAAGGCCUCCAAUAUGAUAAGGUUAUUGGCCAAUCAGCUGAUUUGUUCUCUCUUCAGAGGUUUUUCAAUAGAACUAAGCCCAGUCUUAGCAAAGAGAAACAGCAGAAUCUAACAAGAUGGGCUGUCUUAUUUGCAGGCUCUCUUCUUAAGAAUAACAGAACUGCUCAUGAAGCCCUCAUGUCUGCCAUGUCAAAGAAGGCUAGCGUCUUAGAUUGCAUCAAAGCAAUAGAGAAUGCCUCUUAGAUCCCGAAGGUGUAAUAGAUCAACAGAAAAUUGUAUAGCUAAAUGGAUCUAUAAAAUUAACAUUCUUAUAUCUCAUUUUAUCUUUAUGUAUUAUACAUAAACUCGUAUCUAAUUUACUAAAUAAACUUUUUACAGCA